AUGAGCCACCCCGAGACUAUCUACCCCGCGCCCGCGUCUUACGAGAGGGCGCAGGCCGCCCUCGCCGCCCUCGACACCGCGCGCGAAUCGCUCCGCAGCUCCGAGUACUCCGAGGCUGACCAACGGACGGCGCUCUGCUGGCUGGCGAAUGAGCUGGGGACGACGCGGCCGGAGCGGGGGACGCUCGCGGCGAUCCGGGCGGUGCUGGAGAAGCUCGAUCGGCCGGACGUCUUCCGGAGAGACCAGGACGCGUGGGAGGCGCACGGCGCCAAGCCUCGCUCGUUCAAGAGCUGGAAGAGCAAGAUCCACGGCCUCCUCCUCACAGACGCCGACGACGCCUUCCUCGAGUUUACCGCCUUCUCGUCCCUGUCGCCCGAGGUCAACUGCUUUGCGCGCGCGGGGCUCGGCUCGACGACUCGUGAGACGGCCUUCAUCGUGCGUGUGCAGCGUGUGCUCCUCUGCACGCGCCGCGCUCUCUUUGCGGCGCGCAGCGCCGCUAGAGCGGGGCUUGUCCAACUUGUGCUGGGCUUCACGCUCGGGCCCUUUUGGAACGGCGCCGCAAGCGCCCUUGAGGCGGCGACGCGCGGCGUCCCAAUCACCAUAGCGCAGACCGUCGCACGGCCCGGCGCCGCCGAGGCAGGGGCGCGCAAGGCGUGA